CUUCUUAAAAAAAAACGCGUAUGUGAUUGGAUCAUCUCCCAACCCAACGUCGUUCUUCAGAUAUCUAAAAAUUGAGAAACUUUGAGUUCGUAAAACUCCUCUGAUCGUCUCGAAAAGUUGAGGUUUUGAAUACAAACGCUUUUGAUCUGAGAUCGGAAUGUUGCAUUCGAUCAAUCACCAUUGAUCUAAUUCUACUUGCUCUGUAAAUACCCUUUAGAAUCAAAUCUCCAAAGAUCUUAUGAUCAACUUUGAGUAAAGCUUUUUAGGUUAAGUUAAAUGGAAAAGAAGAGAACAGAUGACAGUGAACCUGUCCCUGUCCCUGUAGUUGUUCCGGUUGAUAGAUUUGGGUUUCUGAAGCAAGAACAUGGCAGAAACUCUCCUCAACGUUUCGUCAAGACUACUAGAUCAUCUACUAACUAUGAAAAGGAGGAGAGAAGGGUGACAAAAUGGAGGAAGAUGAUAGGAGCUGGAGGUAGUGACUGGAAGCAUUACGUUAGGAGAAAACCUCAUGUUGUCAAAAGGCGGAUUCGUAAAGGGAUCCCUGAUUGCUUAAGGGGUCUUGUCUGGCAGUUGAUCUCCGGAAGUCGAGACCUUUUGCUUAUGAAUCCCGGUGUUUAUGAGCAACUGGUGGUUUAUGAAACUUCAGCAUCAGAACUCGAUAUCAUUCGGGAUAUAAACCGUACUUUCCCAUCACAUGUUUUCUUCCAGAAGAGACAUGGACCAGGCCAAAGAUCGCUAUACAAUGUUUUAAAAGCAUACUCUGUCUAUGACAGAGAUGUCGGAUACGUUCAGGGAAUGGGGUUCGUAGCCGGUUUGUUGCUUCUGUAUAUGAGCGAAGAAGAUGCGUUCUGGUUACUAGUUGCAUUACUCAAGGGAGCAGUUCACUCUCCAAUGGAAGGAUUGUAUCAAGCAGGGCUUCCACUUGUACAGAAAUAUCUGUUACAGUUUGAUCAGUUGGUAAGAGAGCUAAUGCCGAAACUAGGAGAGCAUUUCACUCAAGAAAUGAUCAAUCCCAGUAUGUAUGCAAGCCAAUGGUUCAUUACCGUUUUUUCCUACUCGUUUCCUUUUCAUUCAGCACUACGAAUCUGGGAUGUGUUUCUAGCCGAGGGUAUAAAUAUUGUGUUCAAAGUGGGUUUAGCAUUGUUGAAGCAUUGCCAUGAUGAUUUGGUGAAAUUGCCAUUUGAGGAACUUAUGCAUGCUUUGAGGAACUUCCCUGAAGAUGCCAUGGAUCCUGAUACUUUGCUUCCAUUGGCUUACUCCAUCAAGGUAGCAAAGCGUUUGGAAGAAAUGAAACAGGAUGGUGAGAAGGCUGCAGCUAAACCGGCCCAAACGAUCAACCCGGUUCAGCAAUAGUGUUUGAUAAGCUCGAGCCUUGUGGAUUUCAUUCAGUCUCAUUUUUCUUUCUUCUGUAUAAUUUCGAUUUCAAGAAAAUCAAUACUUUUUAUAGUUUCUCCUUUCUUUUUGUGGCAUGAUCUUUUGUGUGUUUAACAUGCUUCUGUAACGUCUAAGUCAAUGUAUAUCAUAUUCUCAAAGUUUAAAUGUAAUUGUAAAACAGAUACAAACUCUUAUAUGAUCUUAAUUUGAUGAACCAGAUUGUCAAGAUCCGC